UGGUGUUUCACUCAGGCACUCUUUUUAACAGCCAUAUCUCUCACUGUGUCUUGUUUAGGACCCCGCAAUCCACUAUGGCGGCGCCCGGUGGAUCUUUGGACUGUGAGGACUUCUCAAUGUUUCAGGAGGUGCUGAAAGCAAUGCGCACCAUAGACGACCGAAUCGUCCACAGCCUUAACACCACAGUGCCCACAGUGUCCUUCUCAGGGAAAGUGGAUGCCACACAGACAUGCAAACAGCUCUAUGAAACUAUGAUGGAGGCCCACCUGAGCCGAGACAAAGCUAUCAAGUCCUGUAUCGCCCAAGCAUCUGCAGAGGUCGGACAACUACGGGAAGAAAGAGCAAAAGACAGUGAUAACAUGGCACUCAUCAAACAGCUCAGGAAGGAACAGACCAAAUUAAAGCUGAUGCAGUCAGAGCUGAAUGUCGAAGAGGUUGUCAACGACAGAAGUCUGAAGGUGUUCAAUGAGAGGUGUAGAAUCCACUACACGCCCCCGAAGGUGAAGUGAAGCUCAGUCUGACCAGAGGAGCUGCCUUGGACAAGGUUCAGACCCAGACUGGAGAUGAAACUGUGAGCCGCUGAGUCCUGACUGCAGGCGGAUCACCAUCCGGACACCUCUGACCUCUUCUUCUCCACAACACCUGUAUUCCAUUGUGAUUAUUGUAUUACAUUGCCACCGCUGUGAAACAGUCCUCCUUGUGCUUCUUUGAUGAGAUACGUUGUACAAUAAGAGAUUUUUUAAAAAGACAAUGAAAUGGUUUCAAAUGAAA